AUGCUUAUUGUGGCGCGCUUCGUAAUCGGCUGGGCAGUGGGGAUGAUGACGGUAAUCAUUCUAAUUUUUGGAUCGGAGGUUCCUCCACCCUCACGGGGGCUUCUCGUGGGACAGCAUAAAUAUGUCGACCGUGAUCCCUAUGCGAAGGUGUUUGGAUUGUUGCGGCAGUCUGUGGGUGCCGGAGUCCCCUCACAUGCAGAAAGCUGGGAGAUUGUGUCCGGGCUACAUGUUGACAGCUCCGGCCCAUCAUAUGCACCUAAAAUAUUCUGUGCACAGAAAGGGUUCCAUCAGAUGAUUAAACAAGUUGAGUUAGAUACACAAGUCUGGGUUACAAGCGGCGGAGCUUGGCAAACAGUAACAGAGCAUUCGUACCGCAAAUAUUAUAUGGUAAACCUCUACAAGGACCUGGGUUUUACUGGUGAGAUCACGAUCAUUCUUAGUGUGACAUCUGACUGUUGCCAGAGCCGGAACUUGGUUGCGGCCAUAAUCAUGGAUCAUGUUGGUCGUAUUCGGUUGCUAGGCAAGAAUAUUUCGCCCUUCUCUGGCAUGCAUUAUCGCUCUCUGCACAGCAACUGGCCUUGUCAGCUGUGUGACCUCUUCCCUGAAAACCCCUACCUAAUUGACCCUACACCUCACACGGGGAACGCUCUUGAAGUUGGCCCCACGGCGCUCGCAAACUGGUUGGGGAUACUACAUGGUAUUUGUGUGCCUGUCGGUGAUGAAAUUGGUGUCAUGCUCUAUUUUUCCCUGAAGUGGGGUUCCAAUCUAUUAUGGGAAGAUGGCAAACGGAAUAUUCGGGGUUUUGAUUGGCGAGGUGUGGCUAUGGCAGUGAUUCAAACUUUGUCUCAAGAGUUGAGCACCGCGUGCCCUCUUGAUGAGACAUUUUCGGCACUUCUAUGGAUGAUUAAUGAUUGGCUAGAGACUCCUGUAUUCUGUGCAGCAUGGGAAGAAAACACCGCCAAGAUUGUGCGAUGGCCGCAACUGCAGAUCAUUCUACGUCACUCAAUACCACCUUGA